AAUCAGAGCCACAUUUCAGUGUAUAAAGAAAAAUUACUGUGGGUAUUUAUUAUGUAAAAACACCUAAUAUAGAUCCUAGGACAAUAUAGGCAUAGUAUUAAAAUAUACAUAUUUUUGGCUCUUUCCAAAUGUCUCUUCUGAAUAUCCUAAAGGAUACACCUAAUAGAUUCUUUAAUUUUAUUUUCAAUUUAGCAUGACUGCUAUCUUCCUGAUAUCCAUGCUUUUUGGCCUUCUGUGUGGGCAAGCAACGUCUUUUUGUAUUCCAACUGAGUAUAUGAUGCAUGUUGAAAGGAAAGAGUGUGAUUAUUGCCUAACCAUCAACACCACCAUCUGUGCCGGAUAUUGUAUGACACGGGAUAUCAAUGGCAAGCAGUUUCUUCCCAAAUAUGCUCUGUCCCAGGAUGUUUGCACAUAUGGAGACUUCAUAUACAAGACUGUAGAGAUACCAGGAUGCCCACGCCAUGUUAGUCCUUAUUUCUCCUUCCCUAUAGCUGUAAGCUGUAAGUGUGGCAAGUGCAAUACUGACUAUAGUGACUGUGUACAUGAGAUCAUCAAGACAAACUACUGUACCAAACCUCAGCAGUCCUAUUUGGUGGGAGUUUCUAUCUAA